GAAUUAUCUUGCAAACAUUUGGAGCCGGCAAUAUGCCAUCAAAAAGAAGAGAUAUCAUUGAGGAACUGAAAAGAGCCAUCGAGCGAGGCUGCAUUGUUGUAAAUUGUUCGCAAUGUAUGCGCGGCCAAGUAGAUGCUCAUUAUUUGACUGGAAAGGUUUUAUAUGAUAUUGGCGUGAUUCCUGGCUCGGAUAUGACAGCGGAAGCGGCACUAACAAAGCUGUCUUAUGUUCUCAGCAAGGAUUCGUGGAGUCAUUCAAAAAAGAUGAGGGUGAUGGGGCGAAGCAUCCGGGGCGAGUUAACUGUCACUCAGCCGGACCCACUGCACGACCUCGAGAUUGGCAUGUUUUUCACAAUUGAAAUCAACACAGAUUUUGUUUACAGGGCUGAAAAUUUCAGCAUGAGUUUCGUCCCGAUAGUCAUGCCACAAAUGGCGAGGUUCCUGCACAUGAGUACCUCACGUGAAGUGAAAUUCCUCCGUGGUGUGAUUUUCCCGCCAUUGCUUUGUCAUGCAGCGAACACAGGUGACGUCGAAUUACUGGAGGGCCUGCACGAAAAUGGAGCAAAUCUUUCGGCUGUUGAUUACAGUGGUCGCAGUGCGUUACACGUAGCUGCAAGUGCAGGGCAUGCCGACGCUGUA